CCGAAUCAGAGAAGCAGGCGCGUCUCGGUGUGGAUUAUGCGGUUCGUACCUAAAAGUCUGCUUAGUGCUACGAAACAUACUAGAAUCAAAGGUAUUAAUAAAUAAUUACACAGGAUAGAAUGUGAUAAGUGCAAGAUUCAAGUUCUAUUAAUUUUUUAUUUUUUUUAUUUUUUUACCAGAAAUAGGAAUAAAAUCUAAAAUUAUUGUGAAUUAUUUUCUGCAUGGUAGAAAACAAUGGAGCAUUGUUUAAGGAUUUUGUUGCAAACUUUUUUCCUUUUGUUACUGCUGUGUGUAAAAUCAUGGGCACAGGUGUAUAAUUUGAGCGUGUCUAUUGAGGAGGGUUUACCUGUAGGAACAAGAGUAGGGGAUGUAAGAGCUGCUUUUCCUCCUAGUCUACAAAGCAGCGGGUUCUUCAUAUCCGAGAGCACAGACUCAGAUGUUUUCCGUGAUCUGAAAAUAGAUUCAGAGACAGGAGUUAUUUCUACAUCUGUAGUUCUGGACCGUGAACGCAGAGACAUAUAUGAAUUUUCCAUUACAAGUUUGAGUGCACAGGUGGUUAAGGUUCACGUGGUGGUUAAAGACGUGAACGAUCACGCACCUGCGUUUCCUAAAGGAAUCGUGAUGCUGAACGUGUCCGAAUGGACACCAACCGGGACAACAUUUCACCUGGAUGCUGCAGGAGAUCAAGACGAAGGCAGAUUUGGCGUUCAAGGCUACAGAAUUUUGGAAAGUAUCCCAGAGAAGGUUUUCAAACUGAACGUCCAGAGUAUGGAUUUGGUUCUUGUGAAAGAGCUGGAUAGAGAAACUGUGGAUUUCUACAAUCUUACCAUUGAGGCUUUUGAUGGUGGGGUACCACCAAAAAAUGGGUACUUACAAGUAAACGUUAACAUUUUGGAUGAAAAUGACAACCUUCCUGUGUUCGAUCAGACCGACUAUCAAGCUUUUAUUUUGGAAAAUACCCCCAUUUUAUCACCUGUAUGUCAGGUAAACGCUCACGACCUGGAUGUUGACUCUAACGGCCUCAUCAGAUAUGAGAUCAAUCGACUCCAGAGCAACUCAGGUGAGUUUUUCAUUAUUGACAAAAAUACAGGUAUCAUUAGUGUGAAUAAGAUUCUGGAUUACGAAACCAGCUCGUCUUUUGAGCUGGUCGUGAUGGCCCAGGAUCAGGGAUCUCCUCCAAAAUCUAGCAGCGUGUUUGUGGAAAUCAAGAUCCUGGAUGUAAAUGAUAACAGCCCCAAUAUCAGCAUCGUGUUUUUGAGCGAAAGUGGAGUUCCAGAGGUUUCUGAAGGUGCCAGUUAUGGAGAUUACGUGGCCAGAAUUAUCAUUUCAGACCCUGAUUUGGGAGAAAUGAACAAAGUCAGCGUGCUCCUCGAAGGUGGGGAAGGGAAGUUCAUCUUAAAGUCUGUAGAUGCGUUUGUGUAUGCUUUAUGUGUGGAAGGUGCACUUGACAAGGAGGAGAAUGAUCAGUACAUGCUCACCAUCAUUGCCUCGGACUUCGGUUCUCCUCCUUUGAGAAGCGAGAGGACGUUUGUUCUACGAAUUUCUGAUGUGAACGAUAAUGCACCGGUUUUUGAGCAAAAAAUCUAUGAGUCUAACGUUUUUGAGGACGCUCCUGAAGGAAGCUCAGUGAUUCAGGUCAAGGCCCAUGAUGAUGAUGAGGAUUCUGGGAUAUCAUACUGGAUUUUACAGUCGGAUCAAAGUUUUCUGGUGAACAUUGACUCCUUGACUGGUAUCAUCAGCACUGCUGCAGGUUUAGACCGAGAGCGAGAGACAGAUCUGGUGUUUUUGGUGGUUGCUGUGGACUCUGGCUUUCCCCCUUUAACCUCUACAGCUACCGUUAGCAUCUACGUCGAGGAUGUCAAUGAUAACAGCCCUGUGUUCCAAAAGCAGAUCUACAACAUCACCAUUCGGGAACAUCUCGCCAUCGGAAGCUGCUUUAUCCAGGUAACUGCUGAGGAUGCUGAUGGUGGUGAGUUUGGAUCGGUGCGUUACGAUUUUUCAGAUGCUUUUAACACUGAAUACACAAACAACCUGUUUCACAUCAACCCCAUUACCGGAGAGAUCUGUGUGUCCGGUGACAUCGAUCACGAUGAAGGCCUGGUGAACUUUGACCUUUUGGUAAAAGCUGAAGACCAAGGAGGCCUCGGCUCACAGAUGUAUCUUCAUGUAGAUGUUGAGGAUGUGAACGAUAACACCCCUGUAUUUAACCCAGAGAAAUACACCACAAGCUUGAGUAGGAACACUCAGACAGGCGCUGAAAUCCUCACCGUCUUUGCCACAGAUCGAGAUUCGGGAAUUUACGGACAGGUUUCAUACGAGCUUCUCCAUGGAGACCACGCGUCAUUUUUCUCUGUGAACAAAUCCUCAGGUACACUCUCCAUCUCCUCCAGUCUCUCUAAGCUCAGCUCUGGCACUGUGCGUCUCGCUGUCUCCGCCCAAGAUGGAGGAGGCGUGGCUUCUCCGAGACCUGCUGACAUCAUUGUAAACAUUCUGAACGCUGGCCACGCCCCUGCACUCUUCCAAAAGUCCUACUACAGCUUCUCUGUGUCUGAGGAUUCUCCUCCUGGCACCUCGGUGGGGAAAGUGCAGGCUGUAAAACCUCACGAUUUGGUGGAUGCUCACAUGUAUCGGAUCUCCUCGGGUAACCCUGAGGGGUAUUUCUCUCUGGAUUCCGAGACUGGUGUGAUCUACACCAACUUUUCGCUAGAUCACGAGUCCCUACCAAGUGCACUUCUCACUGUUGAAGCUUACAGCAAUACUCAGGACAUUUACAGCACCGCUCACGUCCACAUCAUCAUCACAGACAUCAAUGACAACCCACCUGUCUUCCCACUGAGCUUCGAUCUCAUCACAUUAUCCCAUAAAGCUGUUCCUGGGACGACGGUCUACGUAGCACAUGCUCAUGACAGUGACAGCGAUGCUAAUGGGCAGAUUCGCUACUCUCUGCAUCCUGAGAGUCAGUUAUUCUCUAUUCAUCCUCAUUUUGGGACUUUAACGCUCAAGAGCAGUGUUACAGAAGACACUCUACAGAAAUAUGAGCUUAACCUGGUGGCCAAAGAUAAAGGAAAUCCAUCAUUAAGCUCCUCAAUGAGCCUUACGGUGGAGCUUGACCCUUCAGUGAACAUGAAGGACAUGCUAGCCUUCGAGACGCUAAUUUACCAAGUCGAGAUUGGAGAAAACGCUCAAAGCGGCACUCGUGUUAUCCAAGUGCGUGCCCAUGGGAUCAAAUCACAGACUGGGUCACCUUUAGCCAGAAUUCUCAGCUACUCUAUAGAUCCACUGUCAACAACGUUGCCGUUCCUUAUACAGCCGGAGAGCGGCUGGAUCUUUGUGGCCCGCAGUCUAGAUUACGAGUCAGAGAAGAUGUACAGAUUUCACAUUCGUGCCACAGCUCGAGGCAGUGAUGAAGCAAUGAGUGCAUCAGCCAUCGUCAUCAUCUCAGUGCAGGAUGAAAAUGAUAACACUCCAGUUUUCAGUAGAGAAAGAUACUUUUUCAGCGUCCCAGAGAGUCUGAACCCGCACGGCCUGAUGGGAAAGUUGAACGCUACAGAUAGAGAUUCUGGGAAAAACGGACAGCUGUCCUACAUCCUGCUGUCUGACACCAAACACUUCCGCAUCGACUCUAAAACUGGAGGGCUAAUUAACUGGGUGGCUUUGGAUCGAGAGCAUCAACCUCAUCACACACUAAGGGUCUUAGUGACCGAUCACGGUCAUCCUCGCCUGAACUCCACCACAACCGUCUACGUAACUGUGACCGAUAUCAACGACAAUCCACCUCAGUUCACACACCAGGAGCUCAGCUUGCAGGUUUGUGCUAACCUUCCUGUCGGUUCUGUGAUAGCGAACAUGUUUGCUAAGGACCUGGAUGCAGGAGAAAAUGGGACGAUUACAUUUUCUCUAAGAGGAGAUGAUGUAAUUGGUCGUUUUGAGAUUGACAGUCAGAGUGGAGAAAUCAAGAUUACAACAAGAUUCGAUCGUAAUCACCGGAGGAGGUACACCAUCAGGGUGGUUGCUACGGACAACGGUGCUAUCCCUGUAGAGCAGACGGCGAUUGUGCACGUACAGGUCCACACUUGCGCUCAUGUCCAAGGUCACAAAGUGGGCAGUCGUGAAUUUUUGGGCCUCCGAUGUUUAACCGUCAGAGAAGAUGCCAGUGUGGGAUCUCUGAUUGGCUCGCUUGGAGUUUUCAGGAGAAGCAGUCAGCCUUUGCGCUACACUGUGGCUAACGGAGAUGGGAGUUUUCACUUUACUACUGAUCCAGCGAAUGGCAACAUUUAUCUAGCAAAGCCUUUAGAUUACGAGACUAAUCAGCAGUACUAUUUCGAAGUUCAUCCCAAUUUUAAUGCCACUGUUUUAGUGUCUGUCAGCAUUGACGAUGUAAAUGACCACGCCCCCAAUUUCCCUGGCAACAACAGCAUUGUGGUGUUCAGUGUUCAGGAAGAUGUCACCGUAGGAACCGUAGUGUACGUCUUCAAAGCAGUCGACGGUGAUGGGACUCUUCGUAACAGUGCUGUCCGUUACACGCUGACCUUUGACCCGAAAUUCACUGCAAAGGAGCUGCCUUUCAGGAUUGACCCUGACUCUGGGGCUGUCUUAACAACUUCGCUGUUAGAUCGUGAGCGCAAUCAAAGUUUUGCCUUUGUUGUUACCGCCAGCGACAGCACACAUGUCGACUCUGUGACGGCUCAAGUGUUCAUAUCAGACAUCAACGACAACAGCCCCACCUUUUUUUCAAAUGAAACGGUUCACAUAGCAGAGGACACAGAAGUCGGGAGUCUUCUACAUCAUUUCCUGGCCAGAGAUGAAGAUGAAGGAGUGAACAGUCAUGUGAGCUUCAGUGUGAUCUCUGGAAAUGAAGCUGGAGUGUUUCGUUUGGAGAGAUCAGGUCACUUGUAUUUGAACUCCUCUGUGGAUUAUGAAUCCCAGCAUGCUUUUGGGCUCACAGUCCAGGUCUCAGAUGGUGGGACACCGUCUCUUUCGUCCACUCAGACCAUGACUGUGCUGUUGGUGGAUGUGAACGAUGAGACUCCACUGUUUGAACACAACUUUUACCGAGCCAGCGUGAUGGAGAACAGAGAGCCAGGAGAAGCAGUGAUUACAGUCAGAGCAUUGGACUUGGAUUCAGGUGAGAAUGCUAAUAUUAGCUACAGCCUCUUGCCUGGUGCUGAUUAUGAGUUUUUCAGCAUUGACUCACACUCUGGUCAUAUCAGCACCACCACAAGGUUGGACCGGGAGCUGCAGCACAGCUUCAUUCUCAGAGUUCAGGCAGAGGAUGCUGGGUGUCCUGCUCUCUCCAGCACAACUACAGUCCUUUGCUCUGUGCUCGACGUUAACGACAAUCCGCCCGAGUUCUCCCAGUCAUUCCUCCAUAUUGUUAUACCGGAGAAUCUCCCUCCAGGGGUCAUUCACACUGCUGUGACCUUUGACCCUGAUGAUGGGAUCAACGGAACGGUGAUCUAUUCUAUAGAGAAUACAUUUGGAGAUUUCUUUAUCAACUCAGAGACUGGAGCUGUCAGUACUACUAACUCUCUGGACAGAGAGAAACGUCCUAAUUACAGACUCCUCAUCAAGGCUGCUGAUCAGGGCUUUUCCUCUCUCACUUCCACUGCCACUCUUUCUAUAAGUCUCUCAGAUGAGAAUGACAACAGUCCGGGUUUUGAUCGAACUUCCUACCGUGCCAUCGUUAGUGAAGACCUUCCUCUUGGCAGUGAGAUUCUUCGUCUUAUUGCUCGAGACCCAGAUGAAGGUCAAAAUGCUGAAGUCACCUUCUCCUUGAUUGAGGAAGAAUCCGGGACAUUUUCUGUAGACUCCUCGACAGGGGCUGUGCAUUUAACGAAACCUCUGGACCGGGAAAUUCAGUCGCAGUACAAUCUCCGUGCUGUAGCGACUGACGGCUGUAGUCAGGGUCCACGUAGUUCUGUCGUUAUCGUCAGUGUUGAGGUGGAGGAUGUUAAUGAUAACGUGCCUUACUGCAUUAAUGACCCAAUAAGGGCAUCGGUUAGUGCAGGGUAUAACCAAACUGUUGCCAUGGUCUCAGCACAUGAUCCAGAUCGAGGUGAAAACGGUACUGUUGUGUUCAGGUUAACAGAGGAAGAUGAGCAAUUUCAGAUUGACCAAUGGACCGGAGAGGUGCAGACGAAAACUCCAAUGAGGGCCAACAUACCUGGGACGAAGGCGCUGAAGGUUUGGGCCACAGAUUUGGGCUCGCCUGCUCUCACCUCCACCUGCCUUGUGAUAAUUACCCUUAACGGAGAUGAGCCUCUGCUACAGUUUACAGUGAAACACUAUGAAGUGAGCUUACCUGAGAACAGCCUUACAGGCACCUGGGUGGGAAACGUUGUUGCUCACGAUCAAAGUGCUACAGAAGUCACAGUGAAGUACAGCAUUUUUAGCGGCAAUGAGAACGGAGCAUUCAGCAUCGAUGCUAACACAGGUGAUAUAACAGUUAGAGAUCAGCAUUUGCUGGACUUUGAAAGGGAACACGCGGUUCAUCUGGUGGUUUUGGCAGAAAAUGGCCGCCAUUCAAGCCAUGCCAGAGUGACCGUCACUCUACAGGAUUUAAACGACAAUGCUCCAGUGUUUAAACAAAGUUACUACAGAACUGCAGUGUGGGAGGGACAGAUUCCUAACACUUACGUCAUGCAGGUGUUAGCAGUGGACGCUGAUAGUGGUGUGAACGGGCAGAUAGAUUACACUAUAGUGGAUGGAAAUCGAAACAACGCCUUCAUUAUCGACUCAAUACGUGGGAUUCUGGCCACCAGUGUGGUCCUUGACAGAGAAAUGGUCUCCUCUUACAAGUUGAUUGUUGAGGCUAAAGACCGGGGAAAUCCAGCUCUUACGGAAACAUGCACUGUUCAGGUCCAGGUUGUGGAUAUUAACGACAACAGCCCAGUGAUACAAGCAGUGGAGCCUCUAGUGGUCCCUGAGAAUUAUCCACCUGGCCAUAUUAUUUUCCAAGUAAUGGCAUCUGAUGCAGAUCUUCAUCCUUCGAUCACCUACAGCUUGGCACAAACAGAGAAGCCAAAUGACAGCUUUGCCAUUGACUUUUAUUCUGGAAUAAUCACAUCUAUAAAAAGUCUGGAUUAUGAGGAUCAGAUCUUGCACACACUGACUGUAGUGGCAUCCGAUUCAGUACAUCAAAUGGAAGCACAGAUAACUAUUAAAGUUUUGGAUAUAAAUGAUAACGCACCAGUGUUCUCUCAAGAGUUUUACCAGGUAGUGUUACCAGAACUGACACCUGCAGAUGUGUUUGUGGUGGCUGUAUCAGCUACAGACAGAGACUCGGGUCUGAAUGGCAAGAUCAUUUACAGGCUUCUCUCCUCCACAAAGGCUGGUUUCUAUAUUAGUCAUGAAAAUGGUUCUAUAUAUACCAGCAAGCCUCUGAAGCAUGCAGCUGACAGCAGCAUCAUUCGGCUUCUGGUGGAAGCUCGGGAUGGAGGAGAUCCUAGUCUUUCUAGUGUCAUGUCAGUAGAUAUAGAGGUGCAGGACUUCAAUGACCAUGCACCUUUUUUCCAGCAUAGCACAUACCAGGUGAGUGUGUGUGAAGACACACCUGUUGGAAAUGUACUCCUUACCCUGCUGGCUCAGGACCAGGAUUAUUCUGAGGAAAACACCCACUUAGACUAUACCAUUACCGGGGGAAAUGAGAAGAGGCAUUUCUGCAUUGAAACUGCUGUUGUGCCUAAAGAGUUCCAGAAAAGUUUUGUGGGUUAUUUAGUGCUGUGUGACACUUUGGACAGAGAGACCACAGAGACAUACUUGUUGACUGUUACUGUGAUGGACAGAGGAGUGCCUCGGCUAAACAGCUCAACCAUAGUCUCAGUCAUGGUGCUUGAUAUCAAUGACAAUGAACCAGUUUUUAGCAGUUUGGAAUACCAUGUCCAAGUCAGUGAGAACAAUCAGUUAAGUACUUUUCUGGUCUUGGUGUCUGCUCACGAUCUAGACCUUGGACCAAAUGGCACUGUAAGGUAUGACAUCAUCUCUGGUAACAGUAAAGGGUUGUUCCAAUUGAAUUAUCAAACAGGUACUCUGGAAGCCAGUGGCACCCUGGAUUAUGAAGACGAAACUAAACACAUUUUAACUAUUCAAGCCUCAGAUGGAGGUGAUCCAGACAACAGGAAACUGUCCUUUGCUGUGAUAUUCAUCACGGUGCUUGAUGAGAAUGAUCAUUUGCCCUUCUUUAGGUUCCCUACCAUCAAUUGUUCAGUAGCAGAAAACCUACCUGCUUUUACUCCAGUUUGCAUGGUCCAUGCUAUUGAUCAAGAUGCAGGGAGUUUUGGCUUGCUUACCUACUCCAUUCUGACCUCAUGUUUCAUGGACUAUGGCAAUGGAAACCAAGACAUGAACGAGGCCUUCACCAUUGACCCACUCACUGGAGAAAUCCAUACCAAACAAAUAUUUGACUAUGAGAGAGUAAGUGAAUACUGCUUUGUAGUAGAAGCCAUAGACAAAGGAGAUCAAGCUGCUAUGGUGAGGGUUCAGGUGGACGUUGAAGGUGUGGAUGAGUUCAGCCCAGUGUUUACCCAGAAGCUGUAUGAUUUCACUCUGCCAGACAAUGCCAUAGUGGGCCAAAUUAUUGGUUAUGUGACAGCCAUGGAUUAUGAUAAGGGUAUGGAUGGCAUUGUGGAGUACAAUUUAGUUAAGCCAUCACUAUUUUUUAGUGUCAACAAAAACACAGGCAGUAUUUAUAUCUCAAAUCCAGUGUAUCAUAGAAGAGGCAACCUAGCCACGAGUGAGGCUGUUGAAGACUUUUUGAUUCAAGCAAGCAGUCCAAAGCUUGAUUCCAGGUCAACCAUUUGCCGUGUUGUUGUGAAUAUUUCCAAUUCAGCAGAAGCGCUAACCAGUGCUGCUGUUCGUAUCCAGGCUGUCAGCCUUAGUGUUUCUUUAGCAGUGUCGCUUUUGCUCAUUAUAAGUAUAAUUGCUCUCAUAUUGAGAUACAAAACUAAAAAGAAUGAGCUUAGGAAAACUGCUAAUGUUUCAUUGGCUGCUAAUAUCAAGUGUAGCCCUAUAAAAUAUAAUGAAACCUUUGGUCUAAGUCAAGACAUUCGAGGAAAGAAGGACUCAUUCAGGAACUCGGGCUCAAGUGGACGAGGUUCUGCGGAGGGUGAGACCGCUGAAGAUGACAUGAGUGAGUACCAAUGUCUCAAGCAGCCUGAUGCUGUCAUGACUGAACCAGAAUUAGGUAUCCCUCUUGACUGGAUUUCCUGCAAUUCGGUUGAAACAUACCUUGGAAAAAGGCAAAUGGUGGGAGUGCCCAGUGUUGAGAGUCUGUAUAAUUUCAAAGAAGAAGGAGGAGGUGAAGGGAUGUUGCCUCACAUGGUCAACAUGACGGAGAUGGAUGAGGUCAUAAGAAGCUACCAAAAUAUUGAGCACCAAAAUAUCAUUAAAGGAUCCUUCAGUAAUCUGGUUUACCCUGAAAUGCACCUGUGUGGGAAGUAUAACUGGGACAAACCUGGAAAUUGGAAGCCAAAUCUUCACAACAUAACUUCUAGGAUACCACAAAGAAUGGAAACAUCUGGGAAAAAGCCCUUUAACUCCAAGUAUAACUAUUCAUGUUUGCCAAGAAACCCAGGACUUAAUAAUUUUGCUAUGACCUCUGACCUUUCUCCUUCUUCAUCCCUUCUAACUCUGAGAACAACGAAUGCUUCUCCUGUGGUCUCAGAAACUGGUCUGGGUAGUGUUACCAAAAUAGAUUCACCACCAGAAGAUGUCUUGGACGAUGCAGAUAUAUAAGUGCAUUAUAUCUAGUAUUAUAUUAUUUGCUAUAUAAUUUGCUGUAUGAUAUAAUGAAUGUAACUACAUUUUAAGUAAUUUUUUGGUAUAUUAAACUGGAUAAUAAAAAGGUCUGCACUACAUAUUUUGAUUUUGCUUCACAGUUGGAUUCUGAUGCUUUAUUUAAACUAGUUUAUCGUUUCCCAUUCAAUAUAAAAAUUGCUGUAGUGUUGUUAGAACUACAGCAAUUUUUAUAUUGAAUGGGAAUGCUUUUUUUGCAUUAAAUUACUAAUAUUACACAAAACAAAGAAAGAUUUGGCCUAAAGUUACAAAAUACUAAUAUAUUUGGCAUUUAAACAUUUUAUAAUGUGUUUAAUUGUUCUUUAUACACUUCAUUGGAUCUCAGAUCCCAAGAUAUAAUAUUCUUAUUAAAUUAACAAAGGAUUAAAAUAAUAUGACAGUGGAAUGUAUAUCAAUCUGUUCACUGUGCUAUAUUUCUGAACACCGUUACAGCAAUGCUUGUGAUGUCUGAACAUCUUAUUUUACAGUGAUUGACAUUUGUUGUUGUUUUAAUGUACAUUCUGUUUUUAUCUUUAAAUAAACCUCAAUA